UCGUGAUCAUUUUGUAGUCAAUUUAAGAACUUGAUGUCAUCAAUCAGGUUGACGUAAUGUUGUCUGAAAUUUUCAAGUCACGUCUCAGAUAUCUAAAAUUGGAACUGAAAUGUCUGUCAAAAGUCAUAAGAUAACAUGGUACAAAACAAAGAAAAUAAUUUUAUUAAUUUGCUACUUCUGUCAUAGAGGGAAACUGAAGAUGAAGUGUAAUUCAGCUUAUGCCAAGACCGGUGACUAUAAAACACAAGUGUAAAUGACUUACGUUAUCAACCAAUCAUGCUUGUCAUCAAUCUAUUAAUCUAACGGUAAACUAUUGACCUAAAUGAUUGAUCGUUGAAUUCAUGAUAAAUGCUUCGUCCGUCACGUCAAUCUACCUGGACACAUAUAGACCAUAUAAUAUUUCAAGUAUUGUAGCACAAAUAAUUGUUGGUUGUUUGGUUCUAGAGCAGUAAAUUUGUUCUUCUAAGGCGUAUUUCUGAAUAUUUUGUUGAAUAAAAAUGUCAAUGGAAUUUUUAACCAACCAAAAUGACCCUGAAUGUUGGCCAGUACAGUUCACUAUGGAGGCACUUGGCUUAAAAUAUAUUAAAGUGGAUCAAGAACUAUCGAAUGGUAUUUUCCAAAAAAAGUCCGCUCAACGGAUUCCCGCUAUCCGUGAUGACAAUUUUGUACUAUCUGAAAGCCGUGCAAUCGCUACAUACUUGUGUAACAAAUAUGGAUCUCAAACAAGAAAUACUGGAUUGUAUCCCGAAGAUGUUGAAAAGCGAGGAUUGGUUGAUAUGAUGAUGUACAUUGAUUUGGAAGCAAGAAGAAAAGUUUUGUCAUAUUUGAACAUCGACGAAGUACUGAACGAAGGACAAUGGCUAAAUAACGAACAUCUAAACACAGUCAAGCAAAUUGUUUCACAAUACGAAAAAAAAUUAUCCGAACAUCAUUACAUUGCAUAUGAGGAACUAACAGUUGCAGAUUUCUUCUGUUACGUCACAAUUUGUCUUCUUGAUGUUGCAAAAUUUAACUUCAAAAACUAUCCUCAUGUUAGCGCAUGGAAGUCAAAGAUUGCCGAUAUACCGUUCGAAUUCGAAACAGUCGGAAGCAAUAUUGAUGAAUUAAAGAAAAGAUACCAAAAAUGUUUAGAUGCGUUAAAAUAUUUUGAUUUUAUUCCUAAUUGCAUUUUGUAUUCUCCAUUAUUUUUGUGAGAACAUUUGGAGAUGACUUAUAUUAACUAUAGUAUAAUAAAUACGAUUUUUUUUCGUUCCUCAUCAACUUCAACUGAGAGAUUGAUUAAUUAUAACACUACAACAAAAGAUUUUAAAAUGAGCUAUUGUUUUUUAAAAAGAUUAGGUUACUUUCGUUAAGGACUUCAUGUUAAUAUCUGUAAUUUAUUGCGAUAUGAUAUUUAGAUUUUUAUGAAUGGUGUGAUAUGAAUUCGAAAGUAUCUAUUGAGCAAAAAUAAAAGCAUUUUACGCCGAGAAAGUCUGUGGCGCAUCCAGAGCCACUAUAUUUCUCAAAUUAUUCACUGUGAGAUGUACAAAAUUGGGUAGAUUAAACGCCGAAAUGCAAAAUAUUCAAAUUUCAUACAUAAGCAUGGCUUAAAACACCAAGGCGCCAAAUUCAAAAUAUCUAUGUCCAAAAGCUGAGGUGAAAUAUCACAUUGCCAUUGAUGCAUAUAUCGUUGCUUUGUUUAAUAAGUCUAUAAUGUUUCAUAUCUUAUUCUUUAGUUUGUAUUGGAACCGAUGACAAUAUGUUAUACCUACUUGAUAUAUGUAUACAAUUGUUUACUGCUGUAUAUAUAUUAUAUUAUACCUCAUGACUUUAUUUAUUGCCAAAUUGUUUUAUAUGACCAUAGUCAUAUUAAUAUUCCAUACAGUCUAGUUAAAAAUAUCGCGGUAUUAAUAUUAUUAUUAAGUCACAGAAUUCAUUUCAUGGAGCUCGGUAUUGUCAGUGUCAAGCUUGAACAAAGAAAAUUUUGUAUAAUGAUCGGAGUAUGUACCAAACCAGUUGUUGUGAUUUCAGUUACUAAAUCAUUGUUGCUAUUAUUCUUUCGUCAUUUUGUAACUUUGUAUGGCCCCUAACGACGGAGAUAUCGAAUGUUUUCCGUAUUCAGUCUUUGUGAAUGCGGUGAUGAGUUGGCAAAUACGUUUGAUUGUAUUAAAUAGUCAAAACAAGCCGAAUUGAUCUGUAGUUCACACCAUGAGUGGAGAGUCUUUAAAUAAAACUUUCUC